AUGUCUCAUGGAAGUGAUCUCCCUCCUCAAAGUACUGUCAAUGUCACCAAAAAUGGCCAAACUUGUAUUCUAUUUGGAGUCAAGAGAAUAAUAAUCAGAUUUAAGAAUCAAACUCAGCUGGACCUGACAAAUACAAAUUUCAGCCUGUAUGACAACGUGGAUGUGGUUGAUUCGAACUGCAAUGAAGAAAAUUCCACGCUUACCUUGAAGUUUCUCAAGGUUGGGCAUUUAAAAGGACUUGCCUUAAGAUUUGUAUUAGUGAAAAGUUACUACAAGCUGUCCGUGCAGAACUGGUACAAACUGCAAAGCGUACAGAUACUUCUUAACCAUUCUGUGCAAGCAACAUUCAGCACCUCCAGAAUAUUUGCUCCCGUCAGCUAUUCUUACCACUGUCAGCAUGUCAGCAGCCUACACAAAUACGAUGCGCUGUUAGUCCCCAGCUCCGCCGAAAACAGCUCGCGGCUGUGGGAUGUCACGUUCCAGGAUUUCCAGAUACAGGGAUUUCUCAUUGAAGCCGGAGAGUUUGCAUAUGCCAAGGACUGUACUACCUACUUUUCACCAGCAAUUCUUAUGGGUCUAGUCAUGUCACUUAUCCUUUUGUUAGUUUUGGCCUACGCACUCCACAUGCUGAUACAUUUGAAAUCAAUGGACAGACACUAUCAGAGGAAAUGCUCUGCCACCUAUUUUCCUAAAAUGAAGGACAAUUACCUGGAAGAUGAGAGGGAGCCCCUCAGAGGCAACGGACAGGAAUACUAUGAGCUAAGACAGCCGGAGCACUGUAGACUAAGCAUUCAGCAGUUUGCAUCUGUUUCUCAUUAGCUUUAUAAUUGACCAUUGUUCCCCUUUGUGUAUUUCUCUUAUUCUGAUUUCACAUUAAACACAGUUUCCAAGAAAUGACUCCCCAGAUAAAGACCUUAUAAAAUAAACUCUUGUGCAACACAGUAACUCCGGAGACCAAAGACCCUGAAAGACUCUUGUGAAACUACAGAGCAUUUUGUCACAAGGAUGUUUAUUGCCCACAGUAUAUUGGUGAUGUGUUAGAUUGUGAA